CCUAAAAGUCAGUUCAUUCUCUCUUUUAAUUUUCCUUUCUUUCCACAUAAAGCCUGAAGGAAUAGAGAAAGAAGCAACAUUCAACUCCCUGCUUUGCCCAUCAGGUGCUGAGGUGCCUGAUCAAGUAUCUCUGAAGCUGCCACCAAAUGUGGUAGAAGACUCUGCCCGAGCCUCCUUCUCAGUUUUGGGAGACAUAUUAGCCUCUGCCAUGAGAAACACACAAAAUCUCCUAAAAAUGCCCUAUGGCUGUGGAGAACAGAAUAUGGUCCUCUUCACUCCUAAUAUCUAUGUUCUGAAUUAUCUAAAUGAAACACAGCAACUGACUCCAGAGGUCAAGUCCAAGGCCAUUGGCUUCCUCAAUACUGGUUACCAGAGACAGCUGAACUACAAGCACUCUGAUGGCUCCUAUAGUACGUUUGGGGAGACAUAUGGCAGGAGCACAGGCAAUACCUGGCUCACCGCCUUUGUACUGAAGACUUUUGCUCAGGCUCGACGGUACAUCUUCAUCGAUGAAGCACACAUUAAUCAAGCCCUCACCUGGCUCUCCCAAAAACAGAAGGACAAUGGCUGUUUCAGAAGUUCUGGAUCACUGCUCAACAAUGCCAUUAAGGGUGGAGUAGAAGAUGAAGAGACCCUCUCUGCGUAUAUCACCAUUGCCCUUCUGGAGAUUCCUCUUCCCAUCACUCACCCUGUUGUCCGUAAUGCCAUGUUCUGCCUGGAGUCAGCCUGGAAGUCAGCAAAGGAAGGACGCCAUGGAAGCCAUGUCUACACCAAGGCACUGUUGGCCUAUGCUUUUGCUCUGGCAGGUAACCAGGAAAAGAAGAAUGAAGUACUCACGUCACUUAAUGAGGAAGCAGUGAAGGAAGAUAAUUCUGUUCACUGGACACGACCUCAGAAACCCAAGGCACCACUGGAACAUUUUUACCAACCCCAGGCUCCCUCUGCUGAGGUGGAGAUGACAUCCUAUGUGCUCCUGGCUCACCUCAUGGCCCAGCCUGCCCCAACCUCAGAGGAGCUGACUUCCGCAUCACACAUUGUGAAGUGGAUCACAAAGCAACAGAAUUCUCAAGGGGGCUUCUCUUCCACCCAGGACACAGUGGUGGCUCUCCAUGCUUUGUCCAAAUAUGGAGCAGCUACUUUCACCAGGACUGGGAAGGCUGUACAGGUGACCAUUCAAUCUUCAGGGACAUUUUCCACAAAUUUCCAAGUGGACAACGACAACCGCUUGUUACUGCAGCAGAUUUCAUUGCCAAAGGUGCCUGGAGAUUACAGCAUGACAGCAACAGGAAAAGGGUGUGUCUACCUCCAGACAUCCUUGAAAUAUAAUAUUCUCCCCCAAAAAGAAGAGUUCCCAUUUGCUUUGGGGGUACAGACUCUGCCCCAAACUUGUGAAGGACCCAAAGCCCACACCACCUUCCAAGUCUCACUGAAUGUCAGUUACACUGGGAACCGUCCUGCCUCCAACAUGGCGAUUGUUGAUGUGAAGAUGGUAUCUGGCUUCAUUCCCCUGAAACCAACUGUGAAAAUGCUUGAAAGAUCUGAUGAUGUGAGCCGAACAGAAGUCAGCAACAACCAUGUUUUGAUUUACCUAGAUAAGGUGACAAAUCAGAUUCUGAGCUUGUCCUUCACUGUUCUCCAAGAUAUCCCAGUAAGAGAUCUCAAACCAGCCAUAGUGAAAGUCUACGAUUACUAUGAGACGGAUGAGUUUGCAAUUGCUGAGUACAGUGCUCCUUGCAGCAAAGAUCAGGGAAAUGAGUGAAGACUACGUCAAUGAAAAUGGCUUUGCUGGAGUUCCUGUUCCACAAAGUCGGGUCUCCAUGGAAGAAAAUAGUUUUUGUAACUCUGAAGCUUAAUGAAUACACCUUUUUUUCUAGUCAAUCUUUAUCAUGGUAUCUGUAGUCAUUCCAUAAACAUUUAUUACAUUUCCAUAUAAAAUAAAAUUCAUGAAAUAAAAAUUUAUAGCAAU